AUGGACGUCGACGAUUUUGAAGCUAGAACAGCAACUUUCUCAGCAUGGCUCCAAGAAAUGGGUAUCCGGACUAAUCCAAAGAUGGCCUUGGUGGACCUCCGUCAAGAAGGUCGAGGGCGAGGUGUCGUGGCCAUAGAAGACAUUGAUGACGACGAAAUUAUCUUCAGCAUCCCACGCAGUGCCGUGCUAAAUGCUCAGAAUGCGAAGCCCCUUGCGAUUUCGAAACGACUUGCAGAGAAGAUGCCGAGCUGGCUGGCGCUCACCUCGAUACUCAUGGCGGAAGGACAAGUAGACGAUUCUAAGUGGGCUCCAUACCUCGCGAUACUACCAGAGCAAUUGAAUAGCUUGGUGUUCUGGUCGGAUAGCGAGCUCGCGGAAUUGCAAGCCAGUGCAGUGGUGAAGAAAAUCGGAAAACAGGGUGCUGAAGAUAUGUUCAAAACUUACAUAACUCCGCAAGGCUUACAGCAUUCUAGCACGGAGAUGUGUCACAAAGUAGCUUCUGUCAUCAUGGCGUAUGCAUUCGACAUACCAGAUCCCUCCGAUGGUCCAACCUCCGGUGGCAAAGGAGAAGAAGCGGCAGAUGACCUGGUUUCCGAUGAUGGGGAAGAUGAAAAAACCAUAUUAUCUAUGAUUCCGCUGGCCGAUAUGCUCAACGCAGAUGCAGACAGGAACAAUGCCCGCUUGAUCUGCGACAACGAGGAACUAGAGAUGCGAGCAAUCAAACCUAUUGCGAAGGGGGAAGAGAUAUUCAAUGAUUAUGGCCAGCUUCCCAGGUCUGAUCUUUUAAGGAGAUACGGUUAUGUCACAGAAGGAUACUCCACAUACGAUGUCGCUGAGAUCUCAGCGGAACUCAUCGUUUCCUUGUUCCGGAACGGCAAGGUUCAUCCGUCGUUGUCAAAGCUCACCCAAGACAAGUUGAAAGUUCGUCUUGAUUUGGCCGAAAGAGAAGGCAUCUAUGACGAGUCGUUUGAUCUCGUUCACUCUAGUCCAGAUGAGCCAAGUAUACCAGAUGAGCUUUUAGCGUUCCUGUAUCUCUUGCUUGUUGACGAAAGUCAUCUUAAAGCAAUCUUGGACUCAGAGAGUAGUCUACCAAGCCGUUCCAAACUUACCACGGAGCUCGCAGGUCAGGUCCUAGCAAUUUUGUUGCAAGCGAGAGAAAACGAGUACUCGACUACUCUUGAAGAGGACGAGGAUCUUCUCAAGAAUGCGAAUCUCCCAAUUCGAACCGCUAUGGCGAUUCAAGUACGCUCUGGAGAGAAGAAAGUGUUACGAGCAGCGAUUCAAGAAGCAGGUACAUUUUCGGGUGGCAACCAUCGCAUGAGGCUUUUGCCUUCAAAGGAGGGAACGAUGAAAAAUGCAAAGAGAAAGGGAGAGGACAUGGAACAGCCAAAGAAAAAGGGACGUUCUAGGUAGAAUGUCAAUUCAAUUGAUGCCGAGAACACUUUGGUUGGUAGGUCACGAAGCUUUUCAUUUUGCUCUGGGAGUGCUUUUGGAGGAGAUUAUUAAUUGGGCGUCAUAUUUGACUCCUGUAUAAUCAUUUCAUAAUGAUCUUUUGCUCGAUCAUGAGCGCUAAAAUACAUAUAGGUCG